AUAAGUCAUCAAUUAUCGCCCACGAGGAUGGCUGAGAUUCCUAAUUGUUCUAAUUUUCCUGGUUUCUCCAGUAAGGAAAUGGGAAAACCUGAGGAACAAGACCCCACACAGGACUACAUCAUGUUAAAACAAAAGAUAAUCCAGACAGACAUGUUGAUUAAGAAGUACAGCUCUAAGUGCCAGGAUUACGAAGCAGCUUCUAAGAAACUUGAAGAUACGAGUAAGAAGUUUGACAAAACACAACGCGACCUUGAAUCAGUGGAGACACAAUUGAAGGCUUGUCUUCAAGAAAUAGAACCAAUUAAAAAGUCAAAGAUGAAGCUUGAAAAACAGCGGGAUUUUCAGAAUACAUUGAUACAAGACCUCCAGGAAAAACUGAACAGUUCAGAGGCACUGUGCAAGAUGUAUGAAAGUGUACGCCAUGAAGCAGAGAAAUCUAGCCAGAAAGUUACACAAGAGAUUCAAAGCAAGGAGUCAACAGUUCAAGAACUUCAGCAGCAGAAUAAGAAAAAUAACAGCAAGAUUCACAAACUUGAAAGUGAACUCCAAAAAGUGAAGGCAGAUCUUGUUGAACAGAAAAAGCUUUUACACCAAUCUAACCUGGAAAACAAAAGGCUAGAGGCCCAGGUCAAGAAAAUGAAAGAUAAAGCAACAAAUCAUUGCUUCUCACCUCAGAGACCAAGUCCAAGGAAAUUGUCACCAAGGAAACAGCAGAAGCUGUCACCGAAGAGACAGAGUCUAUCACCAAGGAAACAUCAGAAAAAGGUUCCAUAUCAUCAGGGUGCAGAUUUGAUGUCAUUGCAACCAAAACAGAGGAAUUGUACGGAGCCAGAAGAUCAAAUGCACUCAGACAUUGAUGAUGCAGCUAGUACAGUUAGCGAUUACAAUGAUGACAUAGAGAGGGUCUUCAGACAUUAUGGGACUGCUCUGCUUGGCAACCUAGCUGCAGUAUCUCCCCUACCUGAGAGUGGCGAUGAAGCAGGAAGCAGCAUUAGUUCAAGCGACGCAGAAUCACUCUCACAAUUUGCGUCACAACUGGAAGCUGAGAUUGAUGAACCAACCAAUCAGGAUCCCUCGAUCUCAGACAAAUUAGAGAGAGAAGCACCAUCUAACAGUUCUCAUUUAUGGAAAAAGACGAUCGACUCCUCAUUGAUAAAAUCUAGUGCAAUGAAACAUUUAAACUUAAGUGAAAGUGAAACUAGUAAUGAUAGUGCCCCGAGUGAACCAUUUGUUACUCCCAGUGAACACUCAGAGUCAUCUAAUGAACAAAUGGGCAUUAAGAAUGAACAAUAUAGUCAUAUUGACCCAGUUGCCCAUGAUAUUGAUCCCAGUAUUGACAAUGUUGAUAAAGACAUGGACCUGUCAAUCAAAGACAAAAAUCCUUUCUUUAAUCAAAAACAAUCAAACAAAGAUAAGGCUUCUCCCCUUCAUGAAAAUGAAGCUCCUCCCCCUCAGAAUGAACCAUUUAAAAGUAUUAAUGACACUAGUGAUGAUGGUCCAGUUCUUGAUAGGAAAGGAAGCCAGCAGUUUGAAGUUACUUUACUUGAUGAACUAAGGACUACUUAUGCUGAACCAGACACUACCAUACAAGAAGGCUCUAAACCUUCCUCUGGAAAACAUUCAACUGUUGCCACUGGUGAUAGUGAUUCACCUAUUGUGACAUCAAGACAAAGACAUUCAACAGCUAUUGAAGAGCCUGCAAUGGCUCUUGCCAAAAUGAUUGGGUCUCUAUCAGAUUCAUCUGGUGAUGAAGAGACUAACAUAACUAAUGACUCGACCCUUAAAGCAACAAGCCUAGAGAGCGACAAAACCCUCUCUGAGUCUGACUCAGAUAACAAAUCUGAACACACCAAAUCAAAACCAGAUUCAACCAGUAAACAGACAAUGAAUUCAAAGUUAUCAGAUAAGCACAAUAAGACUCCAGGGGUUGGUAGAAGAAAGGUGAAAGUACUUGCAGAUGACUCCCCUGAUCUUAUGAAACAGAUGACAAGAUCAAAAAGUCUGACAAGGCUCACUACGGGAAGGAGGAAUGCAGAGCUGAGCAGGUCCAAAAGUCUGAUUAAAACACUGGCAGAUGUGGCUGAAGUUGAACAAGAAGAAAAUGAGGCUAAUGCUAAUGAUGGAGAUGUGACUGAAGGGGAUCAGAAAAUGAACGAUGCAGAGGCCAAUGUCGCAGAUGUAAGUGAAUCUAAAGAAGUUGAUAGAGAGGGGAAUGUGGUUAAAGCUAAGGAUGCAGUUCAUGCAGAUGUGACAGAAGGCAAUCAAGAAGUAAAUGACCCUAAACUUAGUGAUGUGGAUGGGACUAAAGGUGAUGCAGAGGUUCAUGGAGCCAAAGAAAACAAUUUAGUUGAUGUAGAUGCUGCAGAUGUGACGGAAUGUGAUGAAGAGAUUGAGCCUAAAACUAUUGAUAUAGUCAAGGCAAAUGUAACUGAAAGUUCUCAAGAGGAGAUUGAACCUAAAUCUAAAGAGACGGUUGAUGAAGAUGUUACUGAAGGGGACGAAGAGGGAAAUAAUCCUAAAGCAACACUUGAUGGAGAGAAACUAGAUGUUGUUACAAAUGAGGCUCAAAUAAAGCAGACUAAAUUGAAUGAUAGUGAUGAUGCCAAAGCAAAAGAUACUAAAGAAAAUGAAAAUGAAGAUGAAUUGACAUUGACAUUCAGAAAAACAAAACGAUUAACGAGGCAGUCAUUGAAAAAGCAAAAGACUUUGAAAAGACAAAAUGAAAAUGUGCAAGAUGAAAUUGAAGAUGCAAACCAAACCUCCUCUAGCACAAGGAUCAAACCUAAUGAUGAUAUUGAGAAUGACACAUAUACUGUGGAUGAUGUAUCCAAACCCAAUUCUCUAAAUGACCCUGUGAAGUCAAAGCAGGUCAAGGAUAUCCCAAGUGACUUUUCCGUGAUUAACUCGAACGCAACAAGUGAUAAAAAGACUAUUGGUAACCCAGCCAUUGAUGCUAAAGAGGGAUGUGAGUCUAUUGAAGCGGUUGGUCCUGAAAUACCCAGAAAAUGUACAAGAUCUCGUAGCAAAGCAUCUAACAGUGAAUCUACUGACACACCACACACUCCAUCUAGAGUGACAGGCAGUAACAAUGAAACUAAUGACACAACACACACUCCAUCUAGAGUGACACGCAGUAACAGUGAAUCUGACACACCACAUACUCCAUCUAGAGUGACACGCAGUAACAGUGAAUCUACUGACACACCACAUACUCCAUCUAGAGUGACACGCAGUAAGAAAGCUCCAUUGACUCCAAAACUAGGUGACCGUACCCCAAUUACUCCCAGCCCUCCAAAAUCCAACAUUGACCAUCUAAAUCCGAUACAUAAAACAGAAUCUAACCAAGCUGGAGUAACACAAGAGAAAAACCAAACAAAAACAACCACAACUCCUAAGCCUAUUAAACCAGAUGAUCACAAUGUUUCUGUCGAGGCUAAUACAGAAAGAAACAAGCAAAAUACAAGAGAUAAAGUGGCCCCAAAGUCCACCACUCCAACCAGAAUAACCAGGAGUAGAAAAGAUAAAUCCCCAUCUUCUGACAACAACAUUACAACAAAGAGUCCUCUAACUCCUAAACACACUAGAACCAGACGAAAAAAGGAAGAUGAGAGUCAAUUGGAUGGAAAUGACAAUGUUAAUGCGAUUGUUAAUAAUGAAAGUGAUGACACUGUCGUAAUUGCUGACAAUGAAAAUGCAGCCACAAAUGCUGACAGUGAAAAUACAUCCACAGUUUCAGACAAUAAUAGAAUACCAGUAGUUGCUCAAAAUGUAAAUCCAGUCACAAAUACUCAAAACAUUGAAGCCAAAGAUAAUAUAAUGGAAACACUAAAAUGUGAAAAAGACAUGGAUUCAACAUCCAUCAAUAAUUUAGAAAAAGUGAAGGAAGAAUCAAAAAUAGAUACAAAAACCAAUUUGAAAUGUGAGCAGACUAAAAUUAACCCUGAGAACUCAGACACUAUUAAUAAAACAGCUACAACAAAGAAAUCAGAGGAUUCUACAAUUAUAAAGGAAGAUAGAAUUUAUGAAACAACAGAACUUAAAGACCAUAAAACAUCUAGUCAAAGUACCCUCAAUGCUAGUACACUCAAUAUUGAAAAAAGUGAGAAUAAAACUGUUGAUUCUGUUGAAAACGAUGAUGCUGUAACCACAGAAGCCAAGAAAACUGAUGAUGUUGAUGAUAUCAUUGGAUCAUCCGAAGCUGAGUGUUCAGAACUUAAAGAUGACAGAACUCCACCUGAAUGUACCCUUGAUGCUAGUAUCCUUAGCACUGAUGAUAAUGAGAAAAGUAGGGAUAAAGCUGCAAUUGAGAAGGAUAAGAAAGAAAACAAUACCAUUGAUACACUUGGAAAAAGUGUGGAUGCUAAUGAAAGUAUCAAUUCAACCAAACCUGCUAUCAGUGACUCCAUAACAAACAGUGAUUUAAAAGCCAAUACCAAAAUUACGAACAGUUGUGAUCAAACGUUGUCAAAUGUUGAUGAUAUCUUGCCAAGUGAUAAUGAUCAUUCACCAGUUGUUGAUGAUCCCUUGCCAGAUGAAAACAAUUCUUUGAUAGAUAGCCAUGAUUCAGUAGAUAGUCCAAGUAGGGAACUGGACUUGGGUGGAACUCAAAAGUUUGAAGUCAGUUUGGAGAAAAUCUACUCAACCACGGAUAGAAAUGAACAAGAACAACCAAAAGUCUUCCUAGCUACGAAAAACUCAAAUGAUGUUGAUCUUUCAGACACUGAUGUGGCAAAAGAAACCAUUAAUUCUACUAAAAUAAGGACAUUACCAGAGAAGACAAUAAGUCAAACAUUGGUGUAUGUUCCUACAAAAGAGGAAAUGGAGGUGAACAAUUUAAAUAAUCCACCUCCAAUUAAAAGAGUCAGCAAAUCUGCAGUAACUGUUGUCUCUCCGGAAUGUUCUGGAAUCCCAGCUAAUGAUUCCAAUCGUGCUUUUACUCCUGGUUCAAACGACUCAAAUGAUUCCAACCAAUCAAAUGACAGUCUUUAUUCAGUUGGAAAACAUUCAUUUGUGUCCAAUCUUCCCAUGUCCCCGCAAGAAAAUCUUAGUGUUGUAUCUCCUGUGUCAUCGUUACCUAGCAACGCUGAGCUUCCACUAUCUCCACUUUCUACCUCCCCAAUUGAAGAGCUCCAAGAUGCAGUAUCACCAUUUAGGGAGGGACUUAUUGAUAACAAUGUGGGUCAUUCUCCAAUAAGGACACCCUCCAUCUUCAGUUCGAUGACUCUCCUCCCAGCUAUAUCUCCCCUGCCUGGCACCCCCAAUCCUAAACGUAACAAAAAACGACCCCCGAAAAGUCCUUCCCCUCAUGUAUUCCACACUCAUGCACCUGUAGGAGCGAUCCAAGUGAAACCGCAUCCAAUUGAAAAGAUCACCACUAUAGUCGGGGAGGGAGAACACGAGGGAGUCAAUUGGAAGACCACUAAGGGCAAACAGAACACUGUGAUGGAACAGGUCUCCUCUGGAAAUCUCUCAUCAAGGGCAGCUGCAUUACAAAUACUCAAAUCUAAAAAGGGUAAAAAGUCUAAAAAAUUGGAAAUUUUUAAUAAAGAUGAAUUGGAAUCGAGGGGGAUACAGGCACAAAAAGCACAGAUUGUAGUUAGACUUCAGCAAGCGAAUGUAAAGAAAGUCUUUAAUGAGCAUGAAGUACCUUCUGUUGGACAUACAGGAAAAUCAUUAGAUCAUGUAGAAGUGGACAAGCAAUCAAAAUCAAAACAAAAACUUAAGCGUAAAUCGCAAGAGACAUUAACUCACGACCAACCAAAAUGUGCAAAAAAUGAUGCUGGUGACAAACCGGGGCGUAAAACGAGGAAGCGAAAAUCGGGAGAGACGAUACAGGGGAUAAAUUUUGUUCCAUCCAGUGAAACUGAUGAAAGAGCUCCCAAAAAGAAAAAACAGAGAGGAAAGAAGGGCGAAGCUGAAGCUACAGUUGCUGCUAGUGAUAAUUCAAGUGUCAAGAAAAAUAUAAAACAGAUGUCUUAUGCAGUUGGGAAAACGAUUGCUGACACUCAAAUAAGGAAAUAUUCCCGUGAUAACUUAAUCAAACUACCUGAAGUUCUAAAGGCGUUAAGAAAUGUGCCAAUAGAAACAAUAUCUGAACGUCUGGCUCAGUCAGUUCAUACUUUUGAGGCAGACCUCAUGCUGACAUUGUUUACUAGAUGUAGCGGGAAAGGUGAAGUUAAUACACCGAUUCUUGUAGAGCAUGAUGUUAGACUACUCCAUCUGGUGGACCAUCUUGGAACUGAACACCCUGAUGUUGAGUUUGUAGACAUGGUGCUACACAACCUGGAGGUCUGUUUUAAAAAGAAGCUAGGAGUCAUUGUGUUGGGCAAAGUUUCUAUCUGUCGAUUCUACGCAGCAUUGUGUCGUCACCAUGGCAACCUGGAGCGUGCUCGCGUGUUUGCCUACAAUGUUUUAAAAAACAAAUAUAGCGGCUUUAUGCCAGGUCUCACAGCGAUGGCGGCAGUUUGGCCUGACAUCUUUAAUCAUCGUGGAAAAGGAAGAAACAUUGGAGUAGCAUUUGAGCAUAUUCUUAUGUCCUGUUUGGACUCCACAAAACAGAAACAUGCAAAAAUUCUAAAGGUGCUGACAAGAAUUUUGGACUGGAAACCCCCAAAGCUAACAAAUGAACGACUGUUUGGUGUUUUUAUAAAAAGUUUAGAAGUAUCUGCAGAUAAGAAACCCUGCAAUGAUGAUUACUUAUUUGGUGAUUGUGCAGCUAUUGAGCUCCUAUCUAAGUUUAGCACCUGGGUGGAGAUUGACUGUGCCCUUCUCCAAAAACAUAUUCUCCCCACCAUAGACAAUUACCUAACUCUGCUUGGAGAUAAAAACAAUGAUGUUACCAAGGAGAUACCAAAUGCAGUUGAGUGCCAUGUUAAACAUUUGGUGCAUUUAUUGGGAGAGCUGUUGUACGGAGCGCCACCUAGUGAGAAAGUGAAUGUCUGUAAUAUGGUGAACACCUUAUCUGGGGUCCUUGAGUACACAGAAAUAGUUCCUCAAGAGAUCAGUGAAGCAGUCAUAGAAACAUUAUUGAAACUGUCGCCAUACCAGCCAGUUGUCAUAGCAACCAAAUGCUAUAAAUGGACAAAUUCAACAACAAAAGUCAUUUCAAAACACAUCCAGGAUUUAAUAGAAAUUUUCUGGGACUUUUACAAAGAUGAUCUGUGUUACAUACCUAGACCUGUUUUUGAAACAAAUGACACCUGACACCCCAGUUCAAACAACUGACACCACAGUUGUUGGAUAUGAUACCAUAGUUGAGAUACCUGACAUCACAAUUCAAAUAUGUGACAUCAGAGUUGGAGGUCUGACACUCCAGUUCAGACAACUGAUAUCAAAGUUUUAAUACCUGACAUCACAGUUUAGAGAUAUGACACCAUAAUUAAAAUACUUGACAUCACAGUGUGAGACCUGAGAGUAAGCUGUGAGUGGUGUUUGUUGUUAGGCAUUUGUAACAAAUUGUCACAUUUUUGUGAUCCAGGUUGUUACAUAUUGUCAAGUUAUGCAUAGUUUAUUUAUAUUAUUAUUAUAAGGUGUAAAGGGGUGUAUACACUGGCAGACGAAAUGCUUGAAACGAGGGGCGAAAAGGCCGAAAUGCUUGAAAUGGUUGAAAUUGAAAGAGAAUGUGAAAACAGCUUAGGCGA